UCAUUCCUCUUUCCCAUCGUUCUUUACAACUCCACCUAUUCCCUCUCUCUCUCUCUCUCUCUCUCUCUCUUCCGCCAUUAAAACUCUGCUAUCAAGGCUUUCCAUUGUCACAAACUCAAACUAUUCUUUACAGCUUAGUAGAACAGCCUCUCAAACUAUCGAUUGCGGAAGCAGCCCAUUAAGAUGGCCUUAGAGGAGUAUCUUCAUGAUGGCUUUUCUCAGAACAACUCUGUUGAAGAAACUAAAUCAUCAUGCGAGAAGUGGAAAUCUUUUUCAGAUGAUCUAGAUAACAACCCUUCAACGGGCUUUGACUGCAAUAUCUGCUUAGACACAGUUCAUGAUCCAGUGGUCACUCUUUGUGGCCACCUCUAUUGCUGGCCCUGCAUAUACAAAUGGUUUCAUUUCCAAAGCAUUUCUUUUGAGAAAGAAGAACAGCAGCCACAGCCACAGUGUCCUGUUUGCAAAGCCGAAGUCUCUCAGAGCUCUUUAGUCCCUCUGUACGGCAGGGGCCAAACCAAUAAACCCUCUAAAGGCAGGGCUCCAAAUCUUGGUAUAGUAAUACCGAGAAGACCUCUUGCUCCCUUUUGUGGGAUUGACUCUCCAAGAACUACUAGUACAAGCCCAUACAUGAGUAAUCCGCAAGUUUAUCAACGUGGUUAUCCUAAUCAAAACAGCCCUCACCGAGGUGGCUAUACUGCACCGAUGCUAACCCCUGGUAGCACGGUUGCCAACUUGUUUGAUCCCACUGUUGGGAUUUUUGGCGAAAUGAUUUACGCUAGGGUGUUUGGAAACUCGAUUACAAAUUUGUAUACCUAUCCCAAUUCUUACCAUCUUGUGGGAAGUGCUAGUCCAAGAAUUAGAAGGCUUGUAAUGCAAGCUGAUAGGUCACUCAACAGAAUCAGUUUUUUCCUUUUUUGUUGCUUAGUUUUGUGCCUCCUUUUGUUUUGAGAACACUUAUGUUUUUGUCUCUCUCGCACAUAGUACACAUUUAAUGUAAAAUUUAAGAGUAAAAGAAUACGGAAUGAAAGAACGGGAUUCCAUUCUUCA